CGGGCACUGCCCACCCUCCGGAUGUAAAAGCGUCCUGGCCAGAGGCGGGCGGUGCGCGCGGGUGCGCGUGACGCUGGGGCUCCCGGGCUGCGCGGCCUGGGCGGCGUCCCCCCCCCAGCUCGGGUCCCCAGCCACGACAGCAAGCUGACCUAAAAGGUCUGUGGGGCAUUUGCUGGGCUAGGUCCUGUCCCGCGGCGCCGAGGAGAGGAAGACUCAGCAGCCCUGGGGCUAUCCACCCGUGGCCAGCGUGGGAGUCGGAGCUGCUUUCUCACCCAGCCAAGGCCUCGGAGGGCACCGCCCACCUGGGCCCCGGGCCCUCCGAUCGGGCGAAACUUCUCCGGCUACCAGGAUCCCCGGCCGGGAUGCACUUCAGCACGGUCACCAGGGACAUGGAAGCCUUCACGGCCAGCAGCCUGAGCAGCCUGGGGGGCGGGGGCUUCCCGGGCGCCGCGUCGCCCGGCGCCGACCCGUACGGCCCGCGCGAGCCCCAGCCGCCGCGCUACGACCCGUGCGCCGCCGCCGCCACCCCCGGCGCCCCGGGCCCGCCGCCGCCGCACGCCUACCCGUUCGCGCCGGCCGCCGGGGCCGCCACCAGCUCCGCCGCGGAACCCGAGGGCCCUGGGGCCAGCUGCGCGGCGGCCGCCAAGGCGCCGGUGAAGAAGAACGCGAAGGUGGCCAGCGUGAGCGUGCAGCUGGAGAUGAAGGCGCUGUGGGACGAGUUCAAUCAGCUGGGCACCGAGAUGAUCGUCACCAAGGCCGGCAGGCGAAUGUUCCCCACGUUCCAAGUGAAGCUGUUCGGCAUGGAUCCUAUGGCCGACUACAUGCUACUCAUGGACUUCGUACCAGUGGAUGACAAGCGCUACCGGUAUGCAUUCCACAGCUCUUCCUGGCUGGUGGCUGGCAAAGCAGACCCUGCCACGCCUGGCCGGGUGCACUACCACCCCGACUCACCAGCCAAGGGCGCACAGUGGAUGAAGCAAAUUGUGUCCUUCGAUAAACUCAAGCUGACCAACAACCUGCUGGAUGACAAUGGCCAUAUUAUUCUCAACUCCAUGCAUAGAUACCAGCCCCGCUUCCACGUCGUGUACGUGGACCCGCGCAAAGAUAGCGAGAAAUACGCAGAAGAGAACUUCAAAACCUUCGUGUUUGAGGAGACCCGCUUCACCGCUGUCACUGCCUACCAGAACCACCGGAUCACGCAGCUCAAGAUUGCCAGCAACCCCUUCGCCAAAGGCUUCCGGGACUGCGACCCUGAGGACUGGCCAAGGAAUCAUCGGCCUGGCGCACUGCCGCUUAUGAGUGCCUUUGCGCGCUCGCGCAACCCUGUGGCCUCUCCAACUCAGCCCAACGGCGCGGAGAAAGCCUCGAGCUUCCUUGCCAGCGCCCUUCUUCGAGUCACCUCGGCGGUGCCGGCCGGCCGCGCUCACCCCUCGGCUCUCCCCGCAGACGUGGCCGACGCCCGGCGAGAAUUCGAACGCGACGCAGGCGGGCCAGCCAUGCUCGGCGACCCCGCGCACCCGCCGCAGCUGCUGGCGCGGGUGCUGAGCCCCGCGCUGCCCGGGGCUGGCGGCGCCGGCGGCCUCGUCCCGCUGCCCGGCGCGGCCGGAGGUAGGCCCAGUCCCCCGCACCCCGAGCUGCGGCUGGAGGCGCCCGGCGCAUCGGAGCCGCUGCACCAUCACCCCUACAAGUACCCGGCCGCCGCCUACGACCACUACCUUGGGGCCAAGAGCCGGCCGGCGCCCUACCCGCUGCCCGGCCUGCGCGGCCACGGCUACCACCCGCACGCGCACCCGCACCCGCACCACCACCACCCCGCCGUGAGCCCGGCCGCCGCCGCCGCUGCCGCCGCCGCCGCCGCCGCAGCCGCGGCCAACAUGUACUCGUCAGCCGGGGCCGCGCCCGGCUCCUACGACUACUGCCCCAGAUAAUGCGGGCCGCCGCCGCGCUCGCCGCCCGGGCCCCAGUGCCCCGCGCAGCCCCGAGGGCCUGCGGGGCCCCGUCCACCCGGCCCCAAGGGCCAUCAGAGGACAGGUCCUCCCCACACCAGGGGCCAUCGUGGGGUCUUCCCUUCUCUAGCCUUGAAGCCAUUGGAGUCCUCCAGCCCCACCCCAAGUCAACGCGGGUUCCUCCCAAGCCCCAAGGACCGCGGGGGGCCCGGCCCGCCCGUGCCAAAGCGCCCGAUCCGAGGCGGAAGGAAGUGGUAUUUAUUGUUCUCCCUGAGACUGCGUCGCCUCCGGCCCGGCCGGCACUUGCAGUGUAGACGACCGAGAGAGAGCCCGCCUGCAGGCGGUGUAGAUACGUGUAGAUAUGUGUAGAUACUGUAGAUACCGCGCCGGCGCCGACUUGAUAAACGGUUUCGCCUCUUUUGGAAGCUGCCUGUGUGUCCAGUUUUGUUGUUGUUGUUGUUGUUGUUGUUUUUGCGUCCACUUAGAUCGCGCCGGGGAGCUCGGAGAGAGCGAGUUCAGUGCGACUCGGGGACUUAACGUUUCUUUCCCCAGCCCCACUCCUCUGCGCCUGGAAUGGGGUCCGUGC